CUGAUGACGGCCUCGAGACCACCCUUCCCGGGAGGAUGGACCUCGAUCGACCUGACGCCAGACGAGCUGUCCCUGAGAAAUACGUUACCUGUCGGACAGACGUUCGAACAAGAACAAGUACAUGAGCAAGAAAUCGAUGACCCGGAGGAAGACGAACCCCUAGAAGAAUACUCCCGAGCCAUCCCUAAUCCCGAUCGGGUGAUUCUCUUACGUCAAACGAAGACCAAGAUAUGGAUCGUCUCCGUUUUACCGAACUCAGCUGCAGAGAGGGAGGAGAGGGACAAGGCCUGGUUUGCCGAUUAUUUCCAAGCUCCGCUUUUACCUCUACCCCUAAUGGACCAAUACGCACAUUGGAAAGAGCUCGACCCGUUACUCUUCGGGAAAGCAUACGAUAGGGACGAGCUACCAAAGGGCGUGAGGGUGGUCAGGCAGGAAGGGUGGGAGUGUCUGAUCUCUUUCAUCACCUCGUCGGCGAACAACGUACCUCGAAUCACAUCCCUCUUGCACAAGCUGCAAGCACACUUCUCGCCAGUGCUCUUGACGCUUCCACAUCCAGGACCGGAGGCUCUGGCGAAUGCGAGCGCAAGCGCGAUCCCAGUCGGACCAGAGGAACAGCCGUUAGAGCUCGAAACCCAGGACACCGAAUAUCGGUUCGGCUAUCGAGCCGGGUUCAUCGUGAACAGUCUCGCGCUCUUGGUCGCCGAGCACGGCAAUACCGACCUGGGCGAAGGCACAGUUGAGGGCACGAUAACGACGCGCGGUGUCCAAGCGUUCUUGAGAAGCUUGAGGUACGAGGAUGAAGAGGAGCGGGGCAAGUGGAGGACCGAGUUGAUCAGGUUGAAGGGUGUCGGGAGAAAGGUGGCGGAUUGUAUCGGGUUGAUGUCGAUGGACAAGCCAAACGUGGUCCCCAUCGAUACUCACUUGCAGCAGAUCGCAGCUCGUCAUCCUCAAUUCCCAUCCAAACUAAAACACAAGUCCACAUCCUCUGAACCCGUAUAUAACCAGGUUCAAGAAUUCCUUACAAAGCUCUGGGGAGGACCAGCAGAACAGACACAUCUACCUGGAAACGGAUUCGCCGGUUGGGCACAAGCCGUCAUGUUUGCCGCCGAUCUC